GAUGAGAAUCAGAAGGAGGCUUAUGAGAUCCAACUAGAGAAUAAAUUAGCGCGGAAUGAGUUACCUCUUGAUGUUGAUUGGUUCAUUGUUGCUGACCCGCCUGGAGCUAAAAUAGGAAAUGGAGGCUCAACAUUGGUAGCCUUGGAAACCUUACAUAAGAAGUUCGGGGAUGAUUUAUUUAAUUUGCGUGUAAUGAUCAAUCACGCGGGAGGUUGGAGUCAGCGUAUGCCCAGUGCAAGCAUUCUGGGUAAAAUUUUCACAACCGUCCCUCAUGGAAACCCGAUUUAUCAAAUGUUGGACGUCAACCUAGCUUGGUAUUGGCCGUUUGUUAAAAAAAUGACGGCAGGAGUUUUAGUAGCGUGUGCAGAUGUCUUGCUGACUUUCAAUUUAAAUUGCCAUGACGACUGGAAGGUCAGUGAUUCUGGAUUUACAGCCUUGGCACAUCCGUCUCCAAUGAAAUUAGGAAAUACUCACGGAGUUUAUGUUGUCAAGGAACCAAACAAGAUAAAUUCUGCAAAACAUAUCGUUAAGGCAGAGUGUCUGGAAGUUCUGCAAAAACCGUCUGACGAGAGAAUGUUGGAAGCUAGUGCCAUUUUUGCAGAAUCUGGGGUUCAUACUUUCGCUGAUGGGUGCACCGUUAACGGAAAAUGUGUGUACACUGAUAGUUCCUUCUUCUUUGGAGCAGACGUCGUGCGGAAACUGUUAGAACUGAAAAAAGAAUUGGGCGUGUUGACCUGUGAGAUUGAUGCCUAUGGAGAUUUUUUACAGGCUUUAGGCCCUCGAGCUAAUGACAAGUACAUCACAUAUAAUUCCAAUAUCAGUGAAAUUACUCAGAAUCUAACAGAAUGUCGGCUCAAAGUUUUUGAAAAACUAAAAGGCACUGAUAUCCACAUCUUGAUAAUGAAUGCAUCAAAAUUCAAUCAUAUCGGCACAACAAAAGAAUAUUUGGAACAUUUUUGUGAGGACGAAAUAUUUCGUAAAGAAGUGGCAAUCGAAUCUGAUGUGUUCAAUGAUUGGCUGAAUAGUAUCGUCCCAGAAAACAGUUGCGUGAUGCAUUCCUCUUUAUUAAGUUCGUCCCUAAUUCAGUCCAACUCAGUUUUAGAAUACUGCCAUUUUGAACUUCCAGUAGAAGUGGGCUCGCGAAGUAUUUUGAGUAAUUGCCAGUAUUUGGAAACUUCUGACAAAAUCCUGAAAAUUCCAUCCAAUCUAUUUAUCCACACUGUACCAGUCUGUUCUGAAACAUUGUCCAAGUUUGUAACUGUUUUUUUCCAAAUUGACGACAAUUUGAAAAAAUCUGUACCGAUGAAAGAAAUUUUAAAAUUACCAUUCAUGAAAUCAGAUUUAGAAACUUUGAUAAAAUCUUGGGGAAUACAGUCAAUCCAAUCUGCAGUAAAUAACGGGGUAUGCUCCUUGUGGACAGCCCAAAUUUUCCCUGCGGAGGACACCAUGACUGAAUCUUUUAAAAAAUCCCUUGAUAUGAUUCAAUCCAUCUCUGCAUCAUCUAAUUCAAGCUUGUCUCUGAAAAAUGCUCAGUUGUUUUCCUUUUCUGAUUUGUUAAAAAUGAAAGACGUAAAAGGUAUGAUUCAGUUUCGAGAAUCACUCAGAGAAAAAAUCUGCCCAAAACCUAAUAAUGGAAUUUCAUAA